UCUCUUUGUUUCUGAACGUUAAUCCUGCAUUCUAAGCAUUUCGACUUCCGGAAAAGUGUAAACUUUUGGCUUUCCGUAGCCGGAUGUUUGUAGUUACGAGUCCUUGGCAAGACAUGUAACCUUGUAAUCGCUCGGAUUUUACAAUUUGGUUUCAAAAAUGUUUUGCAAACAUGCAGCUUGGACGGCGAUGCGACCGACGCAUCCUCGGUGUAAAGUGCGCGAGCUGCCCGCACUACGCUCUUUAAUAUCAGCUAACAGGACGUCAUGGAGCCGCUGGAUACACGAACGGCAUUCUAGUACCUCAACCACCGAGUCUAAGGUUCCACAGAUGCCCACGUGGGAGUCUAUAGGUGAAAGCCAGCUUCCACCGCAGACAAAAGUCUCUCCAGAUUUGGUGGAUAAAUUGGAAAGAUUAGCCCUUGUUGAUUUUGGCAGUAAAGAAGGUGUGGACUGUCUGGAGAAAGCCAUUCGCUUUGCUGACCAACUUCAUGUUGUUAAUACAGAUGGCGUAGAACCGAUGGAUUCUGUUCUGGAGGACAGAGCCCUGUAUCUUAGAGCUGAUACUGUAACUGAGGGUGAAUGUGCAGAGGAACUGCUCACUUUGGCCAAACAAACAGUAGAGGAAUACUUUGUAGCACCUCCAGGAAACAUUCCAUUACCACAAAGGGAAGAAAGAUCUGCUCACUCUGAACUUUAAGAAAAACAUCUUAAUGGCUCUGAUUUGAUAAUAAAUACGUCAACUAUUUACCUGUGGCUGGAGUGGUACCAAUGUUUCAAAAGUAACCAAAAUACUUUUUUACCAAAAGUAUUGUUGGUUGGCAGAUAAUAAAAACCACAAUGCUAAAACAGCUAACAAGGGGUUGGUCUGGGUUUAUUUUUUUUUUUACAAAGGCUAUUUCUGUCAGAUCGAAAAAAACGUUUGUGUUGUUUGUAUGUUGCUAUUUGGAUAUUUAUUAGGGAUGUAACGAUACGUGUAUUCGUACCGAACCGUCAAGGGCAACAUUCCAAAUAUAUUCAUCAUUCCUAAACCACAACUCCUUCGAAGAGCAGAGCCCUCGGAGUGAACAAGGCAUUUGCAUGCAUUCUGUAGAGCUUUGGAGCACUUGGCAAAAGAAGCGAUGUAAUUUCCUCAUUAUCUUCAGCUGGCAUGUUCCUGUGACAAUGCAGCAUUUUUUUCUAUCAGCAGAUGUCGCUGUUUUAAUGGCAUAACUUAAGCAUAGAACCUGUUUGCAAAUAAACAAUACAUUUUAUAUUUUGAAAUAUGUUCACUCCAAAGUCUAAACUCUGAAGGCUCUGCCGUUUGAAGGGAGUAGGCAUGGUAGGCACAGGCAUGAUGACUUCAUGUAGGAAUUUCCCCCUCGACAGCACGUGACGGUUACUGUAAUUUUCACAAACAUGCACAAAAAGUGGAUUUGAAUUUUCUUUAAAUAAAACUGUUUUAAAACAUA